UUCACCGAUUUACUAUCAUGGAGAAAUGCAGUAAAUUGUCUUUUCUAUUUUUUUCACUUUUCCGGCAAAUGGUUUUGAAAAGUCAUUUUACAAGGAUCAUUUAAUUCUAUAACGAUUUGACAGAAUUUGGCGUAGUAAAUAAGAUUUCUCCGUUUAAACACGAACUUUUUGCGGUAACAAUUGACAAUUUCCAAUAGAUUAUGGAUAUACAUUGUGCAUGUAUGAGAUUUUCACAUGCAGUAUAUAGAGUGAUUUAACUUGAAUUUAUGGAAUUUUUUGAUCAAUUGAAAUGGCAUCAUCUACAAAUGAGAUAUGUGUUGAAGUUGAUGAUAUUCGUGAAAUAUUUCGACAAAUAUGCCCUUACAUUAUAAGACAAUGGAAAGAAGUCUGUCGGAAGCUGGGCAUACAGGAAAUAGAAUUGGCCCAGUUAGAAGCCCAUGAAUAUCAUGCAUCAAAAGCACAUCUAGCAUUUAAAGGUCUGAGUUUGUGGUACGAACAUGUUGGAAAGUCUGCGACUAAAGACAAACUAGUUUCUGCCCUCAAACAGUGUGGUUUACACAGAGCAGAAGAAGAAAUAGAACGUCUUGAGUUUCGGACACUGAAAGUCAGUCCAUCGAUCAUUCGUCCAUCGUCCCGUCAACCAUCGGCUUCAAAACGUCGACCUGGAACUGGUCAAAGAGAACCAAAUGGGUGUAUUUCACGUCCUCCGAGUCGAACGGUGAGCGCAAAUAGUCAGCCAAGAAGAGGACAUAGUUCAAAAGGGAGACAACCAUAUUCAAAUAGAGGAGUAAGUUCAUGUGAAAUGUGUUUGAAAAUAUUAGUCACAAAUAUUGAUCCCUUAAAUGAAGUAACAGGAGUUUGGAGAGAAAAACUUAAAGAAAUGACAGAAACAUUUUAUGAAGCCGUUUUGGUAAAUACAGAAAUUCAUAUGAGAGCCCUAGAAAAUGCUCUUAACAUUCGUGAAAUAUCUGUUACAGACAUUCAAGCGGGAAGCCUGUUGGUACGAUUAAAAAUCUUAACAUUAGGAGCAUUAGAAUCUUUUAAUCAAAUGUACAAAACACGUCGUCUGCUGGCCAUCUGCCAAAAUGUGUUCAUUACAGAAAAUGCCUUGAAAACUACUUGUGCUAAAAAUGUAGGAAUAAAAGUGGAAUUAUCUACCGAGGUCCUUGAUCAUUGUCGAGAGUUCUUCUUGUCUCGGAAGUUUAAAGAAAGUGUUCAUCCAACAGACACAUUACCACCGCCAUCGUUUGAAUCUUACCCUUGCUUAGAAUCGUCUAUUGAUGAUGAGACUCACAUACAUAGUGUGUUUAAUGAAAAGUGGAGAGAAACAAUUCUUCAAGAUGUGCAGAGAAUACAAGAACGAAACACGAAUUUUGAUGAAACAAUGGACGAAUACAUUCGAAUACUAAAUAUUAUUAUGCCAAAGGGUCAGGGGGAAAUUAAUUCUCUGUCGGAACUCCUACAGCUAUAUUCAUAUCUGAACAAGACUCAUGGUGUGUCGUCUGGUGUUCGUCUUGAUCUGUUUAGAGAAUAUCUUAUGAUUGUAAACAGCAUACGUUUAACAGUCGAAGAUGUUAAGGCAAAGUUGCAGACGACAGUUCAGAGAGUACACGGGUCAGACGAUAUGGACGAUUUGAGUGUUGUACAGUGUUUAGUUGAUGACUUAGAACAUAUGUUACAACCAGAUACUAUAUUUGAGGAAGAUGUUAGUGCUUUGAACAGAAAAAUUAAUCCUUCAGAGAAACCGUUCUCAAAAUUAAUUUGCUUCAUUCCUUUACUCCUUGCAAAGUUAUCGACUGUAUUGUUUACUCUUGCCCCAUCAGUACAUGAACCAGUUUCUGAAUAAAUUAUUCUUAAUACGUCUA